AUGAAUCAGACUCUGGUCACUGAGUUCCUCAUCCUGGGAUUCUCAGAAGCUCCUCACCUGCGACCGCUGCUCUUUGUCGGUUUCCUCGGCCUCUACACUGCUGCCCUUUUGGGAAACCUGCUCAUUGUGGUGCUGGUCAGUGCCAGCCCAGCCCUGCACACAUCCAUGUACUUCUUUCUGACCAACCUGGCUGCAGUGGACAUUCUCUGCACCUCCACCAUCCUACCCAAGCUGCUGGGCUGCAUGGUGGCCAGGAGGACCAUCUCCUGGGGGGGCUGCAUGGCCCAGCUUUUCUUCUUCACAUGGUCCAUGGGGGCAGAGCUGCUGCUCUUCUCUGCAAUGGCCUAUGACCGCUACGUGGCCAUCUGCUGGCCCCUGCACUAUAGCGCACGGAUGGGCGCCCGAGCCCGCACGCUCCUGGCGGCUGCUGUGUGGGCCAUCAGCCUGACCAACACUUGUGUGAAUACUAGCCUCACGAUGCGCCUGCCAUUCUGUGGCUCCAACGUGGUUGAGCACUUCUUCUGUGAGAUCCCCCCGCUCCUGAAGCUCUCCUGUGCCCCCACGGGCCUCAACGAGGCCAUGGCCUUCGCCGCCGACGUGAUCCUGGCCGUGGGAAACUUCUCUGUGAUUAUGCUCUCCUACGGCCUCAUUGUGGCUAGCAUUCUGCGCAUCCGCUCAGCAGAGGGCAAGCGGCGUGCCUUCUCCACUUGCUCUGCACACCUCCUGGUGGUCACCAUGUACUACUCCACGGUCAUCUAUACGUACAUCCGCCCUGCGUCCAGCUACUCACUGCAAAGGGACAAGGUGGUAUCUGUCAUCUACACCUCUGUGGCACCCACCCUGAAUCCCCUCAUCUACACCCUGAGGAACAAAGAUGUCAAAGUUGCACUCAGGAGACUUCUGUCCUGCAGCUGA